GACGGCGCUACGUCAUUUCUUGGAAACCGCGCUCGUUGUUUUCGGUGUUUACGGCGCCGUACGCAGGAUCAUUCACGUACGCGACGACAGUCGAAUUGAUCGGUCAUGCCCGAGCCGCUUCGCAUAUCGUAUCAUUCUUUCUUGACACGCGUUUGCGAAGUGCGGGAAGAAACCGCGAUCGCUCUCUGCGAAUAAUCAAUGAUCGAUAUCGUCGUGCGAUCGCUGAAUUUUGUUAAGUUGUUACUUUACAUUUACUUGAAAUUUCUGUGGAUUUGAUUUAUUUUUAAGAGAUCGUAUAAGAGCGAACGAGAUACAUAGUAAUAGGAGUGAGUGAGAUGAGAAUAAAGCGAGGCGCACACACUUUUGCAUAAGUGUGUGUGCUCCCUGUUUAACAGGGAGCGAAGAAGGCUCGAGGAUUGAGAUCGAGUCUUCCUCGCGGCUCGCAUGUGUUUAUCUCAUCUCGCUCGUUCUUAUUGCCAUCUCGCUCGCUCUUAUACCUUCUCGCUCGCUACUGUUACGAAAAAUCAAUAACGCUCUCGUGUUACCGACAUUUCAAGCAUGCAAAACAAAAUUGGGCACUGCAUUACCUGCUUGAGAAAUUAAGUGAAGACUAUAAGUGGCAGUGCUUGAAAAUGGGUGUAGCGAAAUGUAUAGUUGCAAAAAUGAAAAUGGGCGUAGGGCGCUGGAAUGAGCCAAGCGAAAAUGCUCCUCAUCAGGUUUCUCUCUGGUUAUAUUUUCUCACUCAUCAAUGUAAAUGCAAUGUUACACAAGUGUCCGCGUCUCCAAAUUCGCCCGAGUCUGCUUUACCGACCACUAUCCCCGUCAAGUAGCACACUCUGUACCGUAGUUGGCACACGAAUACGACGGUAGUGACCGAAUUUCAGCGGACUCGACCGAGGGGAGUGUUCGAUCUCGCUGCGAGUGUCGUGUGCGUUCGACCGGUGUAGAUCGCGUAGCAGCUACGAGCCUACGGGCGGCCGAUCGAGUAGUAACAGGAAGAUUAAUACUUGGCGACGAUGCGUCGCGCUUGCGUGAUCGGUAAAUCGCGAUCGGUGAACCGAUCGAUAAGCGCGCCAGCUCGGUCGGCUCGUGUCGGUGAAAGCAUACGUUGACAGCUACGCCUUUCACAGUUGACACGUGUAUGUACAUUGGUGCGCGCGCGUGCGACUGCCGUACGUCAUAAAAAUCGUCAGCACGCCGUCGCACGGCUCAGAGAGUCGGAGUAGCGUGCGUCGUACGUAUCGCGGCUAUACCUAGCGAAAGUGACGUUCCGCUCCUACUUCUCUAUCAAUUUUUCACCGUCUGUCUCUUGGUCUUGCCGUUUGCCUUCCGCUCGUGUCUCUACAUACGUGGCGGGCGAGCUGCUUCGAUAACAUGUGCGGAAUUUUUGCCUAUCUAAACUACUUGACGCCGAAGAGCAGAAAGGAGAUAUUGGAACUAUUGGUCGUUGGCCUCAAGAGAUUAGAAUAUCGUGGAUAUGAUUCUGCAGGCGUCGCCCUCGACAGUGCGGAUGGCAAGGACAUCUCGAUUAUUAAGAAGCAGGGAAAGGUCAAGGCUCUCGAAGAGGAAAUAUUUUGUCGCACUGAUCUUGACUUUGAAUCGGAAACUCAAUAUCACGUCGGCAUCGCUCACACGCGAUGGGCGACCCAUGGUGUACCAUCGGAGAUAAAUGCCCAUCCCCAGCGUUCUGACAGCGAGCACGCCUUUCUUGUUGUUCAUAAUGGUAUCGUGACGAAUUACAAGGAAGUCAAAACUCUGCUGCAUCAGAGAGGAUACGUAUUUGAAAGCGAUACCGACACCGAAGUUAUCGCUAAAUUGAUCCACCAUCUCUGGGUACAGCAUCCCGCGUAUUCGUUCCGUGAGCUCGUCGAGCAAGUUGUUCAGCAAUUGGAAGGGGCUUUCGCGCUAUGUUUCAAAAGCAAGUAUUUCCCGGGUGAGUGCGUAGCUACGAGGCGAGGAUCGCCGCUUAUCGUUGGUAUCAAGACGAAAACUAGACUGGCUACCGAUCACGUGCCUAUUCUGUACGGAAAAGACGAUCUUCAAUGCGCAAUAAACAAAGAAGGUGAAGCACCGUCUCAAGAUCAUCGUCCGCAUGGCAGAAAUGCAGAACUUCCGGUGAUGCCGCGUAGCGAGAGUACAUCCGAGUUUCAACCUCUCGAGGACAAGGAGGUCGAAUACUUUUUUGCUUCCGAUGCGAGCGCCAUAAUCGAACACACGAAUCGCGUGAUAUUCUUAGAGGACGACGACGUGGCAGCUGUUAAAGAAGGCGCGCUGAGUAUUCAUCGUCUUCGUCGUUGCAUGGACGAUCCACACGCUCGCGAAAUCACGACACUGAAAAUGGAGAUCCAGCAGAUCAUGAAGGGCAAUUACGAUUACUUCAUGCAGAAGGAGAUUUUCGAGCAGCCGGAGUCGGUGGUCAAUACUAUGAGGGGACGCUUGAAUUUUCAAGACAACUCGGUCACCUUGGGCGGAAUUAAAGAUUACAUUCCUGAGAUCAAGAGAUGCAGACGUCUCAUGCUGAUCGGCUGUGGUACGAGUUACCAUUCUGCCAUAGCUACGCGACAGCUUCUCGAGGAACUGACAGAAUUGCCAGUGAUGGUUGAGCUCGCAUCCGAUUUUUUGGACCGUAAUACGCCAGUCUUUCGAGACGACGUCUGCUUCUUUAUUUCUCAAUCGGGCGAGACAGCUGACACGUUAAUGGCAUUGCGUUAUUGCAAAAGUCGCGGAGCUCUUAUCGUGGGUAUAACCAACACAGUCGGCAGUAGUAUCUGUCGCGAAUCUCAUUGUGGGGUGCAUAUCAACGCCGGUCCCGAGAUCGGUGUAGCAAGUACUAAGGCUUACACCUCGCAAUUCAUCUCUCUCGUCAUGUUUGCGCUAGUAAUGAGCGAGGACAGAAUCUCUCUGCGCGCCAGACGCUUACAGAUUAUCGAGGGUUUGAAAAAUCUCGACAAUCUCAUUCGCGAAGUAUUGAAGCUCGAUGAUAAAGUUAAGGAGCUGGCCAAGUCUUUGUUUCAACACAAAUCUUUGUUGAUCAUGGGUCGCGGAUACAAUUUCGCCACUUGCAUGGAAGGUGCACUCAAAGUAAAAGAGCUAACGUACAUGCAUAGCGAAGGAAUUAUGGCCGGUGAAUUGAAACAUGGCCCGUUAGCUCUUGUUGACGAUUCCAUGCCGGUAAUUAUGAUCGUAAUGAGAGAUCCAGUGUACGUGAAAUGCAUGAAUGCACUUCAACAAGUUACCGCGCGAGACGGUAAGCCCAUUGUUAUUUGCGAGGAAGGGGACGAGGAAACGAAGGCUUUUGCCGAUAGGGCUCUCGAAAUACCUAAAACUGUCGAUUGUCUGCAAGGAAUUCUCACCGUUAUUCCCAUGCAGUUAUUGUCUUUCCACAUCGCGGUUUUGCGUGGUUGUAACAUCGAUUGUCCGAGAAACUUGGCUAAAUCGGUCACAGUUGAGUAAAGAUCGAAUGGAUUGUUUCAUGAAUUUUUCGGGGACUACAAGUUUGCUAACGUGGUUACUCGAAAAUUUUCUCAAGCUAUACGAGAACGAGAAUCGUAGGUAGAAGAGAAAUAAUUAUAAAUAUCGGGCAAUUAAUAACAUUGCGCAAUUAACAAAUGCAGUAAAUAAUCGACGUCGGUAGAUACUUGUAACUUUUCAGUUUCAUUAAGCUCGCUUAAUUCGCGUUGCCUACUCAAUUUAAAUUUGUGUGUUGACAUUUAAUAAUUUUAUUAAAUACAAAA